AGGAGCCGCCCAGCCAGGUAUGUGCCGAGCGCUGAACUCCUCGGUUCCGCGUCGACGGCUGUGGACUGCUGUAAUGCAAUGGUAGAGUAUUCUGGAUGGAUUGCUGAGCCACACAGAACUGAAGAACUGAGGUAGCUUCUGAAAACAGGAUUCUGCUUUGCUCCUACCUCCUUAGUAUGGGCAUAUCAUUUCUGGUUUGCUUAAUCCUUGGACUGUUGCCCAUAAGAAUCACUGGGAAGACUUGGCAAUGCCAACAUAUCUCCUAUAACUUAACCCGAGAUUACACAGUAAAGUAUGACUUCCCUACGUUCAGAGCUACGUCUGCGAUCCAGAAUAUGGUUAUCUAUGAGCCUAGCAAUGUUAUUUUUGUUGCCGUUCAGAAUAAGGUUUACACAUUGAACUCAGAACUGAAAAUUCUGUCUACGCUAAUAACGGGGCCCUGGGGGAGUCCCGAGUGUGAGAUCUGUGCUCUCUGUCCGGGGAAAAGGCCAGUGGAUUUUCAAAACACAGACAACGAAGUUUUGGUGACGGAUCCUGUUGAACCUUGGCUUUACAGCUGUGGAAGUUCUCAACAUGGCAUCUGUUUCCAGCAUAAGAUUGAGACGGAGGGUGACGUCGUUUUGCUUGGGGAAACCUCCUGCCUGUAUUCACCUGAGCAGAACAAGCCUACUGAAUGUCCAGACUGUGUGGCCAGUCCCUUAGGCACAAGAGUUGUAGUUGUUGAUAGGGCAUAUGCUUCAUAUUUUUAUAUUGCAUCUACCAUCAAUGCAACCAUCGCAGACACGUACAGCCCCAAAUCCGUGUCAAUACGGAGACUAAAGAGUACUUUGGAUGGGUUUGAUAAAUCUUUCCACUCCUUAACAGUGCUGCCAGAGUAUCAAGACACAUACCCUAUUCACUAUGUGUAUUCCUUUAAAUACCAGAAGUUUGUCUAUUUUUUGACAGUCCAAAGGGAAGAUCCUACUUCGAAUUCAUACCACACCAGGAUAGUGCGACUUAGCACUGAAGAGAUUGAGGUUCGCAGGUACCGAGAGCUGAAUUUGGAUUGUCGCAUUCAAUCUAAGCGGAAGAGGAGCCUUAGCACAAUGCCUAAGGAUGUCAUUUUUAAUGUCCUGCAGGCAGCUCAUGCUACCAAUCCUGGCGCCAAGUUGGCUCAAGCAAUCGGUGCCAGUGAAAGAGAACUGGUUCUCUUUGGUGCGUUUGCUGAAAGCCAGCAGGACAGCAAAGUGCCUCAGAGGUACUCGGGUGUUUGUGCUUUUCCUCUGGAUAUGAUCAACAAAGCUAUUGAAACAGGGAUGACGAAGUGCUGCAGUCUGGACGUUCAUGACAAGAUGCUUCGAGGACUGAAGUUUUAUCAAGAUAUGGAGUACUGCCCACAUAAUAUGAAUCUCUCAGGCCCAGUGGUGGACAUCAGCUGCGAGAACAAGCCUACUUUUAUUGCUAUGAGUGGUUUCAAAUUGGACCUCCUGCAAGGACAUAUGUUUGAUGUAUUGCUGACCUCUAUCUUUGUAACUGCAAUAGGGGGGCUUACUGUGGCUCAUUUAGGCACAUCUGAAGGACGUGUUUUACAGAUGGUUCUUGAUGGAUCCAGUUUCUACAAGGCUGAAAUGGCCAACUUCUCUUUGGGAGAGAAACUGCCAGUGCUGGGAGGAAUUGGCAAGCUGCAUCACUCUUUGUUCUUUGCCACAGGAAAUGAGGUAUUCCGGGUGAACCAAACUGGUCCAGGCUGCCUCCAUUUCCUAACGUGCCUUAGCUGCCUGAAAGCAGAGCGUUUCAUGGAAUGUGGCUGGUGCGGAGAUUCAUGUACUCGUCAGGGGGAAUGCAAGAAACGGUGGAACCAAGAAAGCUGCCCUCCAGUCCUCACUGAUUUUCAUCCCAGAAACGCACCUCUGCAUGGCAGCACCAAGCUGACUCUCUGUGGCAGGGGGUUUCAGUCUCAUCCAUAUUUCUCUGGCACUGCUGCCUUGCCCUCAAGCCCUGGGGACUACUCGAUUACAGUAGGAGAGAGGACCUGCUGGGUGCUAUUUGACGAGAGCUUAGCAAACCGGUAUAAUGAAGUGCCAAAGUGGAAGGAUUUUGCUGAAGUUCUUGUCUGCAUCUUGUCACCAAAGGGAAUCGAGAAGAUCAUGGAACCACAACAAAUUAAUCUGACCAUUACAGAGAAUGCAGCAAGCCCAUUUUAUAUCACUGGCUCCUCAAUCCUCAGUGGUUUUACAUUUAUGCUGCCAAACAUAACUUCCAUUCACCCUGCCUAUGGUCCAAUGGCUGGAGGAACAGAGAUCUUUAUUCGAGGAGAAAACCUUUUCGUGGGAGGCACAAGGAAAGUGAUGAUUAAUAAUCUAGAUUGUCCUGUGGACAGUGAGAAAAGUCAGAGAGAAGAGGCCAUAAUUUGUACCACCCCACCUUCAAGCAACUUGAUCAAUGCAUCUGUGUUUGUAAUAAUAGAUGAAGAGCGAUUUCUUUCUCCUCAGCCUUUCUGGUAUCGAAAAGACCCCCAGAUAUAUGAUAUUACUCCCAACUGCAGUUAUGAGGGCUCCAAUAUCUACAUUUAUGGUACCAAUUUGGAUUCAGUGUAUAACAUGAGGCUGCAGUUUGAGUCUGCUGGAGUACAAAGCAAAGCUAAAGUAUGUGAAAGGCCACUGUCCACAGAUAGGUUGGUGUGUCAAAGUCCUGAUUAUCCAUCUGAAAACAAAGUGGGAAAUAUUUAUGGGAACCUGAGUGUCUUGAUGGAUGGAGUUCUGGGGCAGAAGACAUUUCGUAUCCGCUACUACCCUAAGCCAGUCAUUGAUCUCUUUCUCUCUGAAAAUCACUUAUAUGUACUCCAACAAGGAGAGGACAAGAUUGAGAUCACUCAUAAGGGACUCGAUAGUCUGGCAGGCUGCAUGAACAUUUCUGUGUUGGUGGAUGGUACAGAUUGUUACCUCAGUAUACUGAAGAAUCAGGUGAUCUGCCGAAUACCCAACCACCUGAACAUCCCUGCGAGUGGCUUGCCAGUACAGAUCUGUGUGAAUGGAAAAUGCAAACAUUUAGGAUCUGUGGUUUCAAUCCCCCUGGUCUCUUCUCUUGCUGUUGUAUUGGGAGCUGCCGUAGGCAUUCUGAUUCUUUCCGGUUCGGUAUUUCUAUCAUUGAGAUAUAUUCAAUGGAAGAAGAAGGGAGGAACUGAGAAUUUAGAAAGGCUCUCCAGCCUCAACAGGGGCACAAUUGGAAUUCCUCUUCUUCCUUCUAAUACUGGAUACGUGGCUUCUUCUGAGACCGCAAACAGACGCUCUUCUGGAGCGCGAUUUGGAAGUGCCUCCUACACAGGCAGCAGUGAUGGUUCUGCUAUGCCUUUCAUGCGAGUACCUUCAUACUCCGUUAAUAAUUUUCGUCCAGAAUUGUUGGAAGAAGUGAAAGAUGUCCUCAUUCCAGAAAAGCAGCUGAUUUUGCACAAGGAUCAGAUCAUUGGGAAAGGGCAUUUUGGGAGUGUUUACCAUGGAACUUACAUAGAUUCAUCCCAGAGAGAGAUUCGGUGUGCUGUUAAAUCCCUAAACCGAAUUACUGACUUGGAGGAGGUGGAAGAGUUCCUGAAGGAAGGGAUUCUGAUGAAGAGCUUCCAUCACCUCCAUGUCCUUUCUCUCAUUGGGAUCACCUUGCCUAAGGAGGGUCUCCCCCUGGUGGUUCUACCUUACAUGAGGCACGGAGAUCUCCGACAUUUUAUCCGUUCAGAGCAGAGGAACCCCACUGUGAAGGAUUUAAUAGGUUUUGGGCUACAAGUGGCUCGGGGGAUGGAGUAUCUGGCCCAGAAGAAGUUUGUGCACAGAGAUCUUGCAGCCAGAAACUGCAUGCUUGAUGAGACCUAUACAGUGAAAGUGGCAGACUUUGGGCUGGCCAGAGAUAUCUUUGACAAGGAAUAUUACAGCAUCCGGAAACACCGCAGGGCAAAGCUACCUGUCAAAUGGAUGGCCCUUGAGAGCCUGAAAACUCAAAAGUUUACCACCAAGUCAGAUGUAUGGUCCUUCGGGGUCCUCAUGUGGGAACUGAUGACACGAGGGGCCUCUCCAUACCCUGAGGUGGAUCCCUAUGAUAUUACCUGCUACUUGUUGCAAGGACGAAGGUUGCCCCAGCCUGAAUACUGUCCAGAUUCUCUGUGA